CAAUGAUCGGUGAUAAGAUACGCAAUACCGUAUUUUGACUUUUUCAACCUUUAUUUUACGCUAUUGAUUAUUGAAUUAAUUGUACCAAGGUCAAGCAAUCCUGGUGCCCUGGUUAAGGUCAAGGUGAAAACCAAAGGUCCAAGGGGCGUGACAUCUGAGGCGUCAUCAUCUGAGGCGUGCUGUGCUGAGCGUGACCAAACAAAAAGCGAGGGCUGCAGCAGGGGAUUGAAAACGUCUGUGGUCUGACCUCUGACCUAGCUCUCAUAGUCUAACAGCAAAUAAAGCAUUGAAGUGUGCAACCAAGUGCGCAGCAGCAAUGGCAUCUGGUGUUGAGUUACCAGCCCCGAGCAAGCUGCCACACAUUGUGCCUCGCACCAUACCAGGCGGCAGCCUUCAGCCAGAGAUUCGGGGUGCCAUGGACUGGGGCUGGCAGGGUCUGCUGGCAUACAGCUGCAACUACACAGUGGUGGUGAUUGACCCUUUGACGCAGCAGCUCGUACAGACCCUCGACAAACACAAGGCCCUCGUCACCAAGGUGAAAUGGCAGCGCUCUCAGCUGGAUGCCCGGUUUGCCUACCGCGCCGUGCUGGCGUCAGCUGAUGCCAGUGGACACAUUGUCAUCUGGGAUGUCAAGGAGGGCUUCUUCACCAUGGUCCUGCAGGACAGCUGGCGUCCGGUCUCUGACAUGAGCUGGGUGUACCACACGGACGGCUGCGGACACAUGCUGCUGGCCGCCCACCCGCCCAACUCGCUCGUCCUCUGGGACACCGACAACGGAAACAAGCUCUGGAAAAAGACCUACAAUGAACAGAUUCUGAGCUUCGACCUGGAUCCGUUCGACCCGCGCAAACUGGCCUUGCUGUGUCCGUCCUCGGUGCUGAUGGUGGACGACUUCGCCGUGGCCAAGUGUCCCAGCUCGGGCGGCACCAGGGUGCAGCUGUCGGCGCUGCGCAGCUCGGCCGGCGGCGGCGGCGGCGCCGCCUCCGCGCCCACUACACCAACCUAUGACGAAAAGUCCACGAAAGAUAAGCUAAAGAAGAAGGUCCUCGAUCUGGUCACUGGCGACAUACCCGGGCCGGAGGAGGCGGCGCUCGGCCAGCAGGAGUGCGUCCAGCUGAGCUACCACCGCGCGCGGCGCCACCUGCUGCUGCUGGUGUUCGGCAGGCAGGUGCUGCUGGUCGACACGCAGCUGGGCCGCGCCGUGGGCGCCGUGCCGGCCGACAAGUCUGGCUCGCCCUUCACCCAGGUGAUGAGCUGUUCGCGCGCCGACGCCCUGCUGACGGUGUGCGAGUCCGGUGUAGCGGCGGUGCGCACGCGGGCCGCCGGCGACGAGCUGUCGUACGAGUCGCGCGGCCACACGGACGCGCCGCGGCUGACGCGCCACCUGCGUCUGUCGGCGGCGGCACUGGACCCGGCCUCGGAGGCGCGGCUGGCCGUGCUGCUCUCGGACGGCCGCUCGCUGCUCUGGGAGCUGGGCGCCGGUGGCGGCGGGCGCCGGCCGCUCUGGCCUUGGCCACCGGCGCGCCUGCUGCUCGCCGGCCUCCUGACACCCGGCCCGGCGACGCCCACCGUGCUGCGCAUGUGCCCGCCGCUCACCACCAAAAACUGGCAGGAGUUUGUGCCGCGGCUGGCGUGCGGCACGGCGGCCGGUGCGCUGUUGGUACUGGACGUGGCGCGCGGCUGCGUGCUGGCCGAGCUGGCCGCCCACUCGGCCGCCGUCGCCGGUAUCGAGUGGUGCAGCCUGACGGCGCUUCUGUCCUGGGCGCGGCCGGCGCCGGCCGGCGGCGGCGGCGGCGGCGCGCGCAGCGAGCUGCUGCUCACUGACGUGCGCACCGGACAGUCGGUGGCACCGCGCGCCGAGCGCGCCGACUCCGAGCCGAUCGGCUCCGUGCGCGUGUCGCCGCUCAAACAGUACUUUAUCGUGGUGUUCCGCGAGCAGCCGGCCGAGCUGUGGGAGCUGAGCUCGCUCACCCAGCUGCGCGCGCUGCCGGCCUCGCUGCCGCCGCUGACGGCGCUCGAGUGGUCGCCGGUGCACAGCGCGCGCCGGCGCGCCGGCUCCGGCGCCUCCGAGACGGACGGCGCGCGCGCGCUGGUCAAGGAGCACUUUGUGUUCACCGACCCGACCGGCCAGAUGUACCACUUCUCCGUGGAGGGGAACCAGGUGCGCGACGGCACGCGCAUCCCGGCCGACCCGGCCGUGGGCACGGUCACCGGCAUCGGCUGGAAGGGGGAGCAGCUGGUGCUGGGGGACGCCGAGGGCCAGCUGUGCAUCUGGGACCUGGCCAAGCAGCUGUCCCACACGGUACCCACCCACCGCGGCGCCAUCAGGAAGCUCAAGUUCGCGCCCGGCCGCGGCAACAUGAAACUGCUGGUGCUGUUCGGUGACGGCGUGGACAUCUGGGACACCAGGACGGACGAGCGUCUCUCGCAGCUGCGGUCGCCGCGCGACGGCCACCCGGUGCACGACUGCGACUGGGUCUCCUCCGACAAGCCAGUGCUGCUGACGGCAGACAACUGCGUGCGCGUCAUGGACCUGGAGCUGCGCCAGGCCAGCUCUCCGACCGACCUCUACCAGUACAGAGAGCCGGUGUGCCACCCGUGUCUGAUGAGUCUGGGCUCCGUCUCGGCUCUGGAACAGUACCUGUUUAACAAGCCGGUGUGCCACCCGUGCCUGAUGAGUCUGGGCUCCGUGUCGGCUCUGGAACAGUACCUGUUUAACAGUACCUCCCUCUCCCCAGAGCCGGUGUGCCACCCGUGUCUGAUGAGUCUGGGCUCCGUGUCGGCUCUGGAACAGUACCUGUUUAACAGUACCUCCCUCUCCCCAGAGCCGGUGUGCCACCCGUGCCUGAUGAGUCUGGGCUCCGUGUCGGCUCUGGAACAGUACCUGUUUAACAGUACCUCCCUCUCCCCAGAGCCGGUGUGCCACCCGUGUCUGAUGAGUCUGGGCUCCGUGUCGGCUCUGGAACAGUACCUGUUUAACAAGCCGGUGUGCCACCCGUGCCUGAUGAGUCUGGGCUCCGUGUCGGCUCUGGAACAGUACCUGUUUAACAGUACCUCCCUCUCCCCAGAGCCGGUGUGCCACCCGUGUCUGAUGAGUCUGGGCUCCGUGUCGGCUCUGGAACAGUACCUGUUUAACAGUACCUCCCUCUCCCCAGAGCCGGUGUGCCACCCGUGCCUGAUGAGUCUGGGCUCCGUCUCUGCUCUGGAACAGUACCUGUUUAACAGUACCUCCCUGUCCCCAGAGCCGGUGUGCCACCCGUGUCUGAUGAGUCUGGGCUCCGUCUCUGCUCUGGAACAGUACCUGUUUAACAGUACCUCCCUGUCCCCAGAGCCGGUGUGCCACCCGUGUCUGAUGAGUCUGGGCUCCGUCUCGGCUCUGGAACAGUACCUGUUUAACAAACCGGUGUGCCACCCGUGUCUGAUGAGUCUGGGCUCCGUCUCGGCUCUGGAACAGUACCUGUUUAACAGUACCUCCCUCCCCUCAGAGCCGGUGUGCCACCCGUGCCUGAUGAGUCUGGGCUCCGUGUCGGCUCUGGAACAGUACCUGUUUAACAGUACCUCCCUGUCCCCAGAACCGGUGUGCCACCCGUGCCUGAUGAGUCUGGGCUCCGUCUCGGCUCUGGAACAGUACCUGUUUAACAGUACCUCCCUGUCCCCAGAACCGGUGUGCCACCCGUGCCUGAUGAGUCUGGGCUCCGUCUCUGCUCUGGAACAGUACCUGUUCAAUGCCGGCGAGGGAGACUACACCGGCGACGACAGAGGUGUGUGUCAGUUUCUGCAGACGCUGCCGGCCGACCUGCUGGCCUGGCUGCGCGCCGUCGAUACGCCUCCUGAGCAGCGCGGUCUGGUGGCCGCCCACCUGCUGGGGAACGAGUCGGCUGCGCGGCUCUGGAGACUGGCCUGCCACCAUCUCAGCCGGCGCCGGCCCAGCGCGGACGGCAAAUACACCGACUUUAUCGGGCCUGAUUUCGACCUGCUCUGCGACUCGGAAAUGUAUCUGGAGCAGCUGCGGGACCGGGUGGCGCUGCGGCUGGGUCAGUGGCCGGCCGCCGGCGCCGCAGACGAGGUGACCCGCCAACUGGUGGCGCUGGGACAGCCCGAGCGGGCGGCGCAGCUGCUACUGGAGACGGAGCCGGCCGACACGGGCUUCUACACCAACUGUCUGAGGGCGUGUGUGCUGACCUCGGGACCCCGCGCCGGCGACGGCAGCGGCGUGGCCAAACUGGUGGCCACCAGCCUGAUCGCCGCCGGACACGUGCACAAGGGUGUGGAGAUUCUGGUGGUGGCCGGCCAGGCGGCCGACGGCUGCCGCUACCUGCAGGCGUCCGGUCUGUGGGAGGAGGCCCUGCUGCUGGCGCGCUGCCGUCUGGCCGCCGCCGACGCCGCCGCCGUCAUCGGAAAACACGCCGACCACCUCAUCUCGGUGGGCAGAGAGCGCGAGGCCGUGCUGUUCCUGAUCUCGGCCGAGCAGUUUCCGAGGGCGGCGGAGCUGGUGCGACGGCGCGACGCCCCGCUCCACCGGAUCCUGGAGACGGUGGCCGCCCGGGGCUGAGGGCGCCCGCUGACAGAGCGUAGGGGCGCCCCGCUCCACCGGAUCCUGGAGACGGUGGCCGUCCGGGGCUGAGGGCGCCCGCUGACAGAGCGUAGGGGCGCCCCGCUCCACCGGAUUCUGGAGACGGUGGCCGCUCGGGGCUGAGGGCGCUGAUGGCGGUGUGUAAGGACGACCUCCCCUGCAUACCAAACACGUGAGCAUAAGGCUGACUGGAUAGCUUGGUAGCGAGUCACUGGUGUGAGAAAGAAUCGAUCGAAAGGAGCAAUGUAAGUUCUCUAUUGCACUGUCGCUCUAUUUUCAGUACAGUGUGCUCCCUGUCAUGAACGAGUGGUUCUUUUCAUGCAGAUAUGAUUGAAAUGUGCAUUUUGUGAAUCGUCUGAAUGGGCACCAGACUGUCUGUACUGCGCUGAUGGCAACACUGAACCAGUCCGGCUAGCUGGUCCCGCCGGGGGCAACAAUAGCCCGGCUAGCUGGUCCCGGCGGCGACCACCGCGACGCUCGGCUAGCCCUUCGGUUAUCGAUUGUCAGUGGCUUAUUGUCCAAAUCAGGGUGUUGUUGUGUUUGCUGAUUUCAUCAUUACCAUAGUUUAUGCCUACGUAUGAGUAUAACGAUAACGUGUGGCGUGUGCGUCGUCCCCUGCUCUUGUGGUCGGGAUCGGUUGCGGUGCUCGGUGUGCUCGUUGGGUGCGCUGAACUCUGCCGGUAGCCGGCCGCCGGCGGUCAGUGUGUGUCCGAUCAGCCGACCCUCCGUCGGGUCAGUGUGUGCCGGAUCAGACGGCCGGACGGCAGUCACUGCUCGGUACGUACUACCGACCCGCCGUCGGGUCAGUGUGUGCCGGGUCAGACGGCCCUCCGCCGGUCAGUGUGUGCCGGGUCAGACUGCCCUCCGUCGGGUCAGUGUGUGCCGGAUCAGACGGCCCUCCGUCGGGUCAGUGUGUGCCGGAUCAGACGGCCGCCGUCGGGUCAGUGUGUGCCCGAUCAGACGGCCCGCCGCCGGCCUCAGUGUAUAUCCCAUCAGACGGCCAGACGGCAGUCACUGCUCGGUACGUACCACCACCGACAGUGGUGUUGGCUGCUUGGCGUCAGACCUUCACGCUCGUCGAGUGCGUGAUGCGGCAUAUUAUUGCAAUGUUGUUAUUGCAUCCGUAGAGCUAUUAGCUUCGAGUACGCAGAUAUGGCUGCGAAUCAAACUAAAAUAACCGCUAAUUGAGCCAUAUUUUUUAUACGCUUGGGCCGUGUUACCACAUUCCGGAGCAAGCAGCUUUUCCUGGUGACAUUGUCAA